AUGGAUGACUUUGCUGGUGAAGAGUUGAUCCAGGCAGCUUUGUUUGAUAAUGAUGAGUUGCUAAGGUGUCUACUGGAAGGGGAUUGCCGUAACUACAUCAACACAACUGACCGCUGCCAUCGCACUGCUACUUACACAGCUGUGUCUAAUAACAGUGUCAAGUGUCUCCGCCUCCUCCUGGAAUAUGGUGCUGAUCCUAAUAUUCCUGCUGGAGACAUGCUCAAUCUAAGAACACCUCUACAUUGUGCCCUGCUUGAUGGAAAAAAAGAGAUAGUGGAGUUACUAGUUCAUAAUGGGGCUGACUUAUAUGCCUUAGAUGUUUUAGGGCUUUCUCCACUCUCCUUAGCCAGGAACAUAGAGCGUGCUGACUUUAUACAAUGUCUGGAGAGAGAAAACGACCGAAGGGAGAAACUAGCUGAGAUUCAUAGGAAAGAUUUUAUCAGAGCUUGUGAGAAUGAAGAUGUCAAUGCUAUUAAGUCAGCUUUAAUUGUCGCAGAAUCAUCUCAACGUCUUGUAAAUGACAAGAUCACAGAAGAUGGUCUCACAGCUCUUUGUCUGGCCUGUAGACAAGGUAACCAUGACAUGGUGUCUCUCCUAUUGAAAUGGGGGGCAGAUCCUCGCGUGUUUGGCGACACAGGAGAGGGGCCAGCUCACAUCAUCUGUCAACAGGGCAACAGUAGUAUACUCGAGCUCCUCCUACAGCAAUGUAUGGACAUAGUAAAAUCCAUGUCAGCUGAUGAGAAUCUUCCACUACACAAAGCUGUCGAGGGCGGCCAUACUGCUCUGGUAAAGCAGUUACUGGAGUAUCCUUACCCAGAUGGUUUUAUGGUAGAAUGCAGCGUGGAAAUAGGGACACAGAACUUCAGUUACUUUUUUCCUUUUGAUGUCAACUCCUCCAAUGUAUUUGGACAUACUCCACUUUAUCUAGCAUGUUUAGAAGGCGAUCGCUCCCUUCUGGAGUAUAUGUUAAACUUUGAGGUGCUUGUCAACAGUUCAGGUCCUCCACUGUUUGGUCAGGUCUCAGGAAGUCAGGACACAACAGAACCCCUUACACCAGAUGUAGGCUCUAUAAGUCACUGUAAACCUUUUAAAGUAAAUGUUGACAACACCAGUAAGUUUAUCCCUCUUCAUGCAGCUAUUAAGAAAAAAUACCAUGGAUUGAUUGACUUACUACUGGAGAAUAAGGCUGACCCAAACUGUUUCUACUUGCAUAAUCAUCAACCAGUUUCAGCACUCAUGGUCGCUUGUGAAAACAAGGAUAGCCUCACUUUGGACAAACUCUUACGACAUGGGGCAGAAGACAAAGACAACUCAAUAUUUACCUAUGUUUUACGUGACCGACCAAGCCUGUUGCCUAUUGUGCUCAAGUACAAGAGCACUAAGGAAAUAUCUGAACAUACCAUCAACAAAGGUGCCAUGAAAGCAGCCUACCUUGAAUCACUGUGUGGGUCAUCAGAUGAUACAGGUCAAUUCUCUUCCAUCCAUGUUAACUAUAAAAAGAUGUUUCCGGUGACUGCUGUCUACUUGCGCUGGCAUAACUUGAAGGGAUUAACAACUAUAGAGGAAGGAUGGCUGAUGAGUUGUGCCUACCAUCACAACCUGACAAUGAAGACUAUUAGCUCCUUUGCUUUAUUUGCCAUCACAAGGAUAGAUGUCUCCAACAACAAAAUUGGAAUGGUAGUUCCCCAGGUUUUUUUUAAACUGCCAUCCUUGUAUGCUUUGAACUUGUCUAAGAAUAUGCUGUGUAAGUUUCCUCCUGCAGAGAGUAUGGUGAUCAGUUGUAGCUGUCUGGAGGAACUCAAGAUUGAUUGCAAUAAGUUAGAGUCCUUACCUGCAUAUCUCUUCAGUCUCCCGUCACUUAAACACCUAUCAGUGACCAAAAACUUGAUUAAAGAUAUUCCUGCAGACAUCUGGAACUGUUCGUCUCUGGUAGUACUGAACCUCGCAGACAAUAAGCUUGAUUCUCUCCCUGAGCCAAAAGUUACAACUCUGAGGUCUUCAAUUGCUGAUGAUGGAAGUGUAACUUUGGAGUUUGAAAACUCUAUGAUAAUAGGUGCUCCUAAAAACCAGGUGAAACAUGUAAAUUAUUGGUGCAGUCACCUUGAUACCAAAGAAACAGACUUUGACAUCAACCAUCCAGGAAAGGAUCAUGUUGGCCUGAAGGACCUGGAUUUGUCAAAAAAUCUGCUAAAAGAAGUCCCACGCUGGCUUUGUUGUGUGUCACCACACAUGGAAAAUUUAAAUCUUGCAUAUAAUAAGAUAAAUAGUGUGUUUCGCGUUGGCAUGUACCCACAGCAUCUCAAAACCCUGGAUGUGAGCGGUAACAAGAUUGUGAACCUGACCCCUUGGGCUGGCGAGCAUGAUGCUGACUCCAGUAUGUGCUACAGGAGUAGACUACAGAGGAUGUCACCUUACCCAGGAUCUCAUAGUUCCUCAUCCUACAUGCCCAUGUGUAUACACCAGGGUCACACUCUCCUUGAGCGACUUGACACCCUUAACCUCAGCAACAACAAAUAUUUGAAGAAGAUGAUUGUGUGUAAAGAUCAGCACGAUCCUGUCCCGCGGAGAACAGGCUCAUUGUCCUCCAUUGGUUCUACAACUAGUAUGGGGUCAUUCCAUGUAUUGCCAGGUGUAGCUGAUGAAGUGACCCGUCGCCUGAUCUUUCCAAACUUGACCAGUCUUGACCUCAGCCAUAACCCAAAUCUCAGUGACCUGCCUCCAGAGAUCGGCAGUCUUAAAAACUUAAAACGCUUGUCCCUCAGUAGGUCCAUGAUAUCAGAGCUGCCCCCAGAACUUGGUUGUUUGAAGAAUCUGAUCACAUUAGAACUUGACCUCUGCCCACUUCAGGGUCCUAUUCAGGAUGUAAUCAAAACGUCGAAGACUCCUCGUGACAUCCUUGGCUUUCUUCAUUCUAUCCUGGAAGAAGCAGUAGAAUACAACUGUAUGAAUCUGAUGUUUGUGGGUGUGCAUGAAAUUGGAAAGACAUCCCUGCUGAGGCAGAUCAGAAAGAACAGAAAAACUCCUAAAGGAAUACCUAUCCCUACUCAUUGGAUAGAGCGACGGGACAAGAAGGCUCAUCCUACUGAUGAUGACACACCUCUCUCUACUGUGGGCAUUGACAUUCAUGAGGUUGUCAUCGGAGAGAACAGGGAGCAUGGACCCAUCACCUUCAGGACUUGGGAUUUUGGAGGACAGAAAGAGUACUAUGCUACCCACCAGUAUUUUCUAUCUGCACGGUCACUCUACCUGGUCAUGUGGAAACUGACCGAUGGUGAGAAGGGUGUACAAAGUAUGUGGCAGUGGCUGGUCAAUAUACAGGCAAGGGCUCCUGGUUCACCUGUGAUUAUCAUUGGUACACACAAGGAUGUACUGGAGGCACGUGCCACCAAGAAAAAUUUCACUGAGAACUGGGAGGAGGACCUCAACAAGCUUAUAGAUCAGCAGUUCUUCCUCGUGGAGGAGCCUGACAAGUGUGGACUGCCAAACAUCAUUGAUCGCAUCAACAUCAGCACACACAGUCGACGUGACGUCAACAAACUCAUCGACUGUAUCUACCGUACUGUGUUUGAACUCAAACAUCCAAGGAGGCGACAAGAGAAACUGCUGCGCCAUAAGAUUCCAAAGAAAUACCUGUUGCUUAAGGAGAUUGUCCAGGAACUUGCUGUGGAGCGAGAGAAGGAGAAGAAAGACCCAGUACUGGACAAAGAUUCCUACCUAGCCAUGGUGAUGCACAAAAUCUUCAACUUAACAGGAGAUGAGACCAAACUCAAGACCAUGCACAAGAUGCUGGACAAGGCAGGAGCACUAUUUCGAGAUGUGGAGGAUGUAGAACAGGGUACAAGAUUUCUCCAUGAGAACGGUAUCUUGUUCCACUACGCUGACAUCGGUCUGAAGGAUCUGUACUUUCUCAACCCUCAGUGGCUUUGUGACCAGCUGGCUCAAGUAGUGGCAGUAGGACAGGUCAACAACUUCUGUAAAAAUGGUGUAAUGAAGGCGGAGAACUUAAGGAUGUUGUUUAAAGAAUCCACAUUCCAGCCAGAGAGUAUAGAGCAGUAUAUCUGUGGCCUGUUAGGCAAGUUUGAGGUGGCCCUAGAAUUUGACCGCAACAGACUGUUACUGCCAUCCCUGCUCCCUACUGAACAAGAACUGGCCUCCAGCAUCCGCAGCAACACAGAUGUCAGGAUAUCUCUGUCCAAACCCUGUGAUUCCAAUGAGGUACAGACAUUUUCCAAAUUUCCUUUUGGUACCUCAUUCAGAAUGAAGCCAGGUAGCAACCAAACUAGUCCCUUCUCCUCACUAAAAAACCAGGACUCAUUGGAGCCUAGUAGUUUGAUCCUGUACAAGACAGAGUCCACCAACAACAUUAUGUUUUCCCUGUGUCGUCUUUAUGUAAUGACUUACUUCCCGAGUGGAUUCUGGCCACGCCUCAUCACCCGAAUCCUCGCAGAUGGUACACUGCAUAGUAUUGUAGAAAAACUGGUUGAAAUAUCCCCUGACAUCCUUGCUGCCUGUACCGCUCUCAGAAACAAGAUUCCAAAGUGGCAACCUUGGCAAACUGGUAUGAAGCUCCUGUACUAUGACACACCUCUAUUCUGUAUCAAGGAGGUGCUUGGAACAUCUGCAGAUCUUUGUCAAUACAGCAAGUACUCAUUCAAGUGUUUUAUGGAGGAUGACUGGACCAAGAUUGACAUGAUAAACAGUGUAAUACUGGAGAUAUCAUUCCCCUGUGAUUCCUUAGUGUUUCACCUGGCACAACAUGGUAUUUCACAGAAGAGCCUUGUAAUAUCACAGAGAGAACAAGUCUACCUGGAUGAAGGUGUCAAGGCCUGCUUCAUGGCCAAGAUCACGGCUCAUAUAGACAAUCUGCUUCAUGACUGGUACCCUGACCUGGGAGAGGGACGUUUUAACCAGAAUUGUUACGGACGUUACCUUAUUACUCGAAUUGUGCCAUGUCCACACUGUCUAGGGCAGGCUGUGGAUGAAGAAAGGAAAACUGACAAUUCAAAGAAUUGGCAAUACAUUUCCCUAACAGAUUCACAAACCUCUGUCACCAAUUCUCAGGGGAUGCCAUCAUUUACAGAAGAUGAGAAGCCUGUUCCAAAUUCCAGAGAUGACGUGAGUGAGAACAAGCACAAUGUCCUUAACUGUUUUGUGGUGGAACGAAGCAUUGUCAACUACCUGUGUGGUUACGAUGAGAUCUGUGACCGCCAUGGCAGUGUGUCCCCAACCUACAUGAUGUCCUCCGACGGUACAUGUAGAAUUUUACAUAUAGCCCCAGAUGUGGUGUUUAGUGAUUUAGACAGUGAAGUACUGAUUGGUCCAUCUGAUCACCUGACCCUCGACAAAACACUAGGCCGAGGAGGAUUCGGAGAUGUUUAUGCAGGAACUCUUAAAAGGGUUGAGAAGCCAAAGCGUGAUGUGGCAGUUAAAAUUCUGUUUGCUUCCCACAAAGACACUCCUCACCGUAGGAAAGAUCACCUGUAUAUGCAGCGAGCCUGUGAUGCCUAUCUGACAGCCCGACAGGAAGUGUCCAUCCUUCAGGACAUCCAGCACCACAACAUGGUGCCACUAAUAGGACUGUCUAUCACACCUCUAGGGCUUAUUCUGGAACUUGCCCCACAUGGCUCCCUCAGAAACAUCCUUGACAAACUUAAGAGUGGAGGCCAAAGGCUGUCUGUAUCCACUAUCAAACAAACCAUUAUACAGGUUUCGGAUGCCCUGGCCUACCUUCACCUUGGCUCUGUAAUCUACCGAGACCUGAAGGCUGAUAAUGUACUAGUGUGGAAGAUUCCAUUCAUGGACAAUACUGGUGACCUUGGAAUGGUUCACAUCAAAUUGGCAGACUAUGGCAUCAGUCGGUCUGCACUACCCUCUGGCACCAAGGGCUUUGGAGGGACUCCACCCUUUAUAGCUCCAGAAAUUCUGCAAUAUGCUGGCAAACAUACCUACACAGAACUGGUUGACAUUUUCUCAUUUGGAAUGUUUAUGUACGAGCUGUUGACAUGCUCGAAGCCACUUGAGGAUGUUACCAACCCAACAUUAUUCAUCUGUCAAAAUGGUCGUCCAUGUAUCACACACAAGGAGAAGCAGUACCCUGCUCACUUUCUCGACCUAAUGUGCAUGUGCUGGUCCCACUAUCCUGCAGAACGUCCAUCUGCAGCACGCAUCCGACAGGUAGCUGGCUGUCCACAGUUCACACAUUUGAUGGAUUCCAUCACCAUGGAUACAGAUAUGGGUGUGCUGGCUGGCUGUUCUGUAGCUGUAGGAGCACACAAUGAGGAAGAUACAUAUAUGUAUGAUGACUCGGACGAGAUACAACGACUUCCCCGACACACUCAGGUCUGGCUUAGUGCAACUGUACCCAAUGGCAACUCUUGUCUUGACGUUUACAGCUAUGACACAGAUUUACUGGGUACCACUGUUAAGACACAUAAGUGUGAAACAGGAACCCACAUACAGAGACUCGUGGCUGUAGAGGAAAUGGUCUGGGUGGUAGACAACAAACACAAUGUCCGUGUAUAUGAGUGUCUGACUACAAAGGAAGUGGGCAUUGUCCAGCUUGACAAGGCUGAUGUAGAGCAGUGCCUUUGUGGAAGAUACUUACCUGGGCAGAAUGGAGGCCAAGUUAUAUUUGUGUUCAAAUCUGUUGAACAGAAAAGUUUGACUGUUGUAAAAAUCCCAACACAGGAUGACCGUGACAAGUACACUCUCACCACAGUUAAACUGAAGAGUCGUGCCUUGUGUGCUACAGUGGUUCAAUCUGGUACUAAGUUGGAGUUAUGGGUUGGUCUAGGUGAAUCACAGAUUGCAGUGUUUGAUCUCAGUAAAGACUCCAUUUCUGGAACAUCGGAUGCUGAAGAGAUUUUGAUUCACCCCAACAGUGGUCAGGGCAGACAGUGUACUUUUAUAGAGACCAAUAUAACAGAUCAAAGAAAUGAUGCUGUCUGGUCCUAUGUCUUCCCUAGUACAAUUGUGCGAAAGUGGAAUACAUGGAGUAGACAGGCAGAGUGUCAGCUCGACUGUAGCCAUCUUGUACCAGCCACUGAGAGUCAAUUUGUCCACACAACAGAAGGCUCAGAAGUUAGUCGGUAUCUUGUAACAGCACUCAGUGUCCUAGAUAAAUACCUGUAUGCGGGAACCACCUGGGGUUGUAUUAUUGUUGCCAGUGCAGUCACCCUUCUGCCCUACUCUAUAUUCCGUUGUCACAGCAAUCAGGACUUCUUUGUGAAACUGAUUUUACCAUUGUUUCAUGGUCAUCAUGACAAUGGUGAUUCUGAAGGAGAAGGGGUGUCAGGUAUGGUGACUGUUGGUAAAGGUUACAUGCCUCUCAUCAACUUCAAGUCUGUCAUCAAUAGUGAGGAGAGUGACGAUGUCUACCCUGACCCUGUCAAAGUCAAACAGCUGCAGCCCCAGGAGAAAGACACUUACAUUCUCUCAUGGUAUGCAAAGGACUGGGAAUUCUAUUGAUGGGAAAUCAUGGUGGAGGUGAUAUCUGUGGACCCUCUGAUUCAAUUAAGUCAGAAAAUCUGUUGAUGCAGAAUGAUUUUGGAUAUGCCUACACCCUUGUUGGUCCACAAGGACUUGAAAGUCUACAAAAAGAGAGUUAACAGUGUAUUUCAGAGAGAUUAUUCUAAGUGACACAAUAUUUCAAAUCAUCCAAAUUUAAGAUCAGUGUCAUGUCACAACAUCACCCUUAGGAGCUAAAAUUGUCUCAGCACUUGUUCAUGACCUGAACUAUAUUACCCACAUCCUGAUGAUGGAUUUCAGCUUUUCAAACAAAUUUUACCUUUUAUAGUUUGUUUCUUUUCUUUGACCGAUGGCACAAACUAUGGAGAAGUCAAAGAAGAAAAAACACCAGUAGAUAUGUAUUGAUAAGGAUGAUAUUGUGAUGUAUACUCUUAACAUGAUUUAUAAGGCAAUAUUGAUUGUAAUUUAAACUAUGUUAUAUAUUGGAAAAAAUCAUCUUCUCAGAUAAUGGUUAAAAUUGAUUAAUACCUUGUAGAAAUUUUACCCGACUUGCAGCGUUUUGUUAAAGGGAUAUCACGGUAGAAACAUUCAUCUUUUACAUGAUUUUUAUACUUCCAUGUAUGUUUCUGUGCUAUCCUGAUAUUCACAGUCAAUUUCAAAUGUCCAGCUUGACCACUUCUUUGGUUCAUGAAACCCCUCUCAAAUUUAGUGCUGAUAGCAUCAUGUAAUAAUUUUGAAAACGAGGCGGUUAAUUUUGUAAACACAAAUACGAUGUGUACAUGAUUCCUGGCAAAAAUGACAGUGACAUUAGCGACACAGUAAGUAAAAUCUGGUUAAUCAGCUCUGGAUUUUGUUUUAUGAGUGUGGCAAAUGUUAUUUGAUAAUUCUAAGUCAAUUCAGAAUUACAAAAUAAGUUACGUUAAUUGCCAACACUGUCUUGACCAAUUCUGGUAGGAAGCUAUUUUUGUUUACAGGUGACCUAUCUUACAUACAUGUGUUAUCAUAUGUGGUGCAAAAAUUGAUAUCUCCAACCUGUUGAUUUCCUUUUUAUGAAUAUAAACUUUAUUUAUUUGACAACAAUUGUAGAACAAGUUAUUUCUACUUAUACUUAUCACUCCUUUUUGUAAUUAUUAAUUUAACUCUUGGAAAUAUUUCAGCGAAAAAGUGAUACAUUUGAUAUGAUUGCAAUAAUGAAAGAAAUCAGUUAAAUUUAUUGUUAUACAGUGAUGUUUUACAUGUUCAUAUAAUUAUGCAUUUAACAGUUAAUGUCUCCACAAUACAUGGUCAGGUGUUUGGAAAACAAUGUGCUAUAUAUGUGAAGGUUUGUUUACCUACCUUAUACCAAACUAUUUAUUGCUAUGCAUGGAAUUUUGAUUAGGCGAGGGUAGAGUGCAAUAUCAAUGUUACAACUGGUGUAUGUAUAACUUGCUUGUUUAUUUCUUCAUUUUAUUCUGUCCAAAAAGCUAUAAACUACUGUUCAACCUGGAAAAUUAACCACGACUUAAAAAUUUUUGAUCUAGAAUCAUAUUUUUUCUAUUUUUGUUAAUAGUUUGUGUGUUUUAGGUGUUAUUCGUCAUGGUUUAUGUAAAUUCUGGAUAUUGGUAAUAGUUAUGUCCAGUUUCAAGAACAUUGUACAUUUAAAUACUGUGUAUGGCACAUAUAUAGAUAAAACAUAUAGAUUUAGUAGCCAACCGUCCUACAGACUCUAAACAGUAUAUUUUCUACUUCAUUUACCAUAUAUUUCAUUUGACAUCACCUGUUGUUUUUAAACAAAUGUUAUUCUUGGUUAUUUUUAAGAUUUAAGGAUAUUAAAGUCUUAUUAAUAUUGGCCUGUUUGUCGUGUGUCAGUUACAUUUUACUGGUGUUGAUAUUUGUGAGGUGACCUAUACUCUCAACUUCUGCACGUCUGUCAUUCCUCAAUUUUCAUCUUGACUGCAUUUCUCUUGCUUUACUCCCACAUUUCAUGUGAAUUGACUUUUUCUUUUUUCUCCAAGAUUUGAUUUCAUGCUUUUGAAUGCUUCAGGAAGACCUUUUAUUACAAUAGAUUUCUCUCAAAAUGCUUGUCUGGAUUUGAAUAGCUUGUGUAACUAUCAUCAUGGGGUGAAUUUAUAAAUUCUCUGGUUCUUUCGGCCAAGAUCAAUGCUACAAUUGGAGUUUUCAUCUCAAAUGCCUAUUUUAUUAAAAUCUUUCUGUGUCCGUGGUCUGUCGGUUGUUUUGUUUUUGUUUCUUUUUCUUGAGAAGUACUGGAUUGAUCUUUCUCAAUAUACAUAUGUAGGUCCCCCUUGGUCCCUAGUUGUGCCCAUUGCCAAAAGGCGGCCAUCUUGGAUUUUGACUUUGAAAGUUUGUUAUCACUGAACUACUUUAUAGAUCUUUCUCAAAUUUCUUCUACAUGUUCGUUUAGGUCCCUAAUUGAGCCUGUUUGAGUUUGGGACUGAUCAGAAAAAUAAAAUGGCCGAAAGCAGCCAUCUCUCAAAUUUCAUGUGUAUGUUCCCUUUGGUUUCUCCUUGUGCUCGUUUGAUUUUGGAAUGACUUCCAGGUGGCCAUUUGGAAUUUUGCAGAUAAAGAUUAUCAUUGCUAUUUCUGCAAAGGAUUGUUUUAAUGUAUUAUCAUUAAGAGCAAAUACAGAGAUGAGAAAAGAAGGGAAAAGAUCCAAUAUUCAAAGAGCAUACAGUGAUCAAAUAAUGGUUGGUGGCAAGAUCCCUCUGGGAUCUCGUUUUAUUCUCCAGCCUGUUCCAUGUUAAACAUUUACUGACAGAUAGAGUUAGUUCUCAUGUGAUCAUACUGUUGUCCACUGAAUUUAUCCAUGUAAUAUUUAUUCGGAAGCAUAUUUCAUUGGCAUUUCCGAGUUACUGAAGUAUGUGAUAAAAGUAUCUUUAUAAGGCUUUCAUAAAAUCUGUUUUGAAAUGAAAACUCAGUUUAAGAUUUUAUUUGUACAAUGAAAUAUACAUGCUUGGUACAUUAAUUUAAUGUUUUUUUGUAGUAAUAUUUAAAUGUAAGCUUUUUAGUGUGCUAUAUACCAUGUAAAUAAUUAAAGACAUGUCAGGUGCUGUGAAUAUGGUUAUAUAGAUAUUUAUAAUACACCUAAGAUUUCUUAUAGUGAUCUUAUUAGUCUGUACAACAGAAAAUCAUAAUAAAUUUCUAAACAUGAGCAACUGUAAUACUAUAUACUAUGAAGAGGUAAAGACUGUAGCAGACACAUACACAAUGUCUUCAACUUUUAUUCUGUGUCACUAUUUUUUGAGAAAGCGAUUUUGAUCUUUCUUUCCUGUCGUUUGUAGUUUAUGUCUUUUCUUCAUUAAAAAAAGAACAUGAAUGUA